ACCUACAGACCGCUCUCUCCCAGGCAGUCAAUCGCACAACAACUCAUUCCAACAAAACCCUGAGGUCUGUCAUGCAGGAUAUGCACGAUGGCAGUGCCAUGGAGUUACUGCUUGUUCUUAUCUCUUCUUUCAGGUCUGAAGAUUCACACCGCACAUUCGGCUCCCGAUUUGUCUGUUUAUCUUCACAACAUCCUGAAGAACCACACGGCUCACGCUUGUGAAGGAGACACGCUCGUCAUUGAGUGUCCCUCGAGGACGUCUGUGGCCGUCCUCUCAGCUUUCUAUGGACGACGUGUUCCUAAUCAGCAUUUAUGUCCCUCUGCAAACACAAACACGACUGUGGAGGAGGAUAAAGAAUGCACUUCCCCAGUUGCCAUCAAGAAAGUGGAGUCAGAGUGCCAGGAUCAGCGGUUCUGUCACAUCCCUGUUUUCAGUCCAGUGUUUGGGCAGGACCCCUGUCCUCUCACCAGCAAGUACCUUCUAGUCGCCUACAAGUGCAGACCAGAAUACCACCGCACAAGGCUGGUGUGUGAAAAUGAGCGCCUGAGGCUGAUGUGUAAAAACCAAACUGUCCUGGCGAUCUACUCGGCCACGUUUGGACACCUGCUGCAUGGCAGUCCUUACUGCCCUCAGGAACCUGGAUCACACACUGACAUGGAGUGUUUGUCACCUUCGGCUCUGAGGAAAGUGUCACGCAGGUGUCAUGGCAGAGCAAACUGCUCAUUAGUGGCUGAUACUCAAAUCUUCGGGGACCCCUGCUUCCCCGGCAACAGGAAACACCUGCGAGUCUCCUACACUUGUGUGCCCAGGUAUCUCCUGGAGGAUGUGGGCCGAGGGUCAACGGAUCCUUUCAUGAUCUCAGACUACACACAUGGUGGAUGGUACACUGGCCCCACCUACAGGCCUCAAAACGUGCUCUUAACCAACUCUCUGGAGAUCAUUGAAAAAAUAUUGGAUUUCCCAGAGCGAGUUGCUCUGUACUUUGUCUCUGGCAUCUGUGCUGGUCUGGUGUUCCUGCUCUGCCUGUUCGGUAUACGGUCCACAUUAGUGAGGGAUGUUAAAGACCUGGUUUGUGACCUGAAGGAAGAGUUGAAAGCAUCUCACAGACAGCGCAAUGAGCUCAUGGAGGACCUCUUUGACGAUGACAUCUCAGACACGUCGUCCUUCCGUCACCUAACACAAUCCUACCGUACGACAGAAAUCCUCAGUCCUUCCACCUUGACAGUAGAGAUGAUUGAUCGAGACGUGGAACAGACGAGGGAUCUGCCCAAUGGAGACAUUUGGCCACAUCGAGACUCCAGCCCUUACGCCAUUCAUAAGAUUAAAACCUACAACAAUUGAGAAACAUUUAUGUGUGAAACUCCUUCGAAAGCAUCCUUCUGCUAUGAUUAAAGUUGUGGACUGAAAUUACACACAUUCAGUUUACUUAUCCAUGUAUUUUCAAUCAUGGCAAAGUGACUCUAAACAAUAAAGAGUGAAAUAUACAAAGUCCUAAGGUGUUAGAUUAAUUACAAUCGUUAUUAAGAUUAACAUUACACAAUAUGUUCAUUCAUUUAAUUGUUGUAUAAAUUCAGAUUCAGCCUCAAAUAAUGUUCUGCCUAUAUUUGUUUCGGUCCUUGGAUGUCAUGUAAAAUGUAAAAAAUAAUAUAUCAUACUGUGCAUUAAAAACCUGAAAAGUACGGCUGAAAUGAUUAGGAGAAAAUUAUUUGACAAUUGUGGAUCCUAAAUAUAAUUACAAUAUCUGUUUUGUAUAAGUUUGCAACUAAGGAUUGUUUUCAUGAUGUAUUAAUCUAAUGAUUAUUUUCUCAACUAUUUGACUGAUUGCUUGGUUUGUAAAAAUUCUGAAAAUUGUGAGAAAUGUUAUCCUCAAAAUUAUUAAAAAUAAAUUAAAUUCAUUAGAAAAAGGAACAAAUACUCACAUUUGUAAAGCUGGAACCAUGAAAUGUUUUCGCCUUCUUAUAUACAGUCUGUGUUUUUUGCAUGAAAAUUUACUAAAACUGUUAAAAUGGUUGUUAAUCAAUUUUCUGUCAAUCUCAUAAUUGAUUAAUCAACUAAUAGAUUCAGCUGUAUGUACUGCUGGAUAAUUAAAACAAAACAUUCUUUUUUUUUAAUAUAUUCUUUUUAUGUUUAAUGUGCAAAAAUAUUAAGUAACUAAAGCUGUCCAACAAUUGUAGUGAAAUUAGAAGUACAUUUCCCUCUGAAAUAUUGUGAAUCAGAAGUGACAUAAAAAUAAAAUUGAUGCAUCCUUCA